AUGUUGGCAGUCGGGCGUUUAAUGCGAAGAGCAAUUUUUCAAGGGAAUAAUACAAUGGAUAAACUUUUAAUUGCUAAAUUACCAUCGGAAAUUAAUUCACAAAAUUUUAAGAUGAAGGCAUUUUUGAAAUUACGUUGUAAAGAUUGUUAUUUUAUUCGAGUUGAUGGUAGGUGGGAAGUGAAAUGUUCACAGUAUCCUCGACAUCACACUAAGCAAGCUGGUGUAUUAACGUGGUGA